CUACUAAUUUGUCAUCGUACAAAAAGCGGAUUAUUGCACUAAAUUUUGUGCUACAAAUUUGAGUCCACUCCGUUUGCAAAGUACUUUUCAUUUUGUACAGUGACUUAGUUUAGUUAACAUACUUUAGUUUUCAAUAAAUUCAUUUUCACUGUGACCUACCUGUUUAUUGUCACAGUUUUGUGAAAGUGGAGGAAGGAAUCUAUGUCGUAACUACCUAUCUCGUAUUUUCUUAGAGAAAAGAUCUUUGAUCAUUGCGUAUUUUACACUGAAGAUAGUCUGUGAACUUGGUAUUAAGAAACUAAAGGUUUUCUUUUGUGAAAGCAGAACCUAGGUAUAUCUACAAUGAAUCCCUAUCAGCAAGGCCAACCAGGAUAUCUCCACAAUAUCGGAUUUUCCAACGCAGCUCCCCAAUCCUUUGGGAAUCCAAUGCCUAUGCCAGGAUUCCCACAGCAAGGGAUGUCUUAUGGGAUGGGAUACCCACAAGCCCCACAACAGGGUUACCCCCAGCCAUCAUCUGGCACGCCAUAUCCCGGGUCGGGUUACCCCCAGCCUACUUCUGGGUAUCCUCAACAGCCUUCAGGAAUAUCAAUGGUUGGGUCCACAUAUCCUGGUCAAUCUUACUCCCAACAAAGUCAAGGAUAUCCCCAAUCUGCUCAAUCUGGCUACCCCCAUUCGGGAUCUGCAUAUCCCCAGACAGCCCCUGCUGCAUCUGCCUACCCAAGCCAGUCUUACCCUCACAGCCAAGGUUACUCGAAUCCCUCUCAAUCUGGGUAUCCUCAGCACGGCACUCCAUCAACAAACUAUGGACAAUCAAGUCCAUAUCCCGGAAGUGCAUCCCUUGGUUCCCAACCACCAGAAAUAAAGUCCAAGCCAACCGUCGUGCCGGUGAAUCCCUUCGACCCUCGAGCUGAUGCGGCGGUGCUCCGCAAGGCUAUGAAGGGCUUCGGAACUGAUGAGAAGGCCAUCAUUCAAGUCCUGACGAGGCGGAGCAAUGAGCAGAGACUGCGUAUCGCGUUUGAAUUCAAAACUUUGUAUGGAAAGGAUCUGAUCUCCGAUCUGAAGAGCGAAACGAGCGGGAAGUUCGAAGACUUGAUCGUGGCUCUCAUGACUCCAUUACCGCAGUUCUACGCCAAGGAGCUGCAUGACGCCACCGCGGGAAUAGGGACAGAUGAAGACGUCCUCAUUGAAGUCAUGUGUACCAUGUCCAACCACGAGAUUCAGGUCAUCAAGCAGGCUUAUACGGCCAUGUAUGGAACUCUUUUGGAGGACGACCUCCGCGGUGAUACUUCGGGCAACUUCAAGAGGCUUAUGACGUCAUUGUCUAUGGGUAACAGAUCUGAAGAAUUCCACGUGGACCAAGAAAAGGCCAGGCAAGACGCUAGGAGCUUGCUGCAAGCUGGUGAACUCCGCCUAGGAACAGACGAGUCGGUGUUCAACGCGGUGCUGUGUUCCCGUUCGUUCCCGCAGCUGGCGGCCAUUUUCCAGGAGUACCAGUUCCUCACGGGGCACGACAUCGAUGACGCGAUCAAAGCGGAGUUCUCUGGUGAUCUGGAGAAGGCCCUUAGGGCUAUUGUGAAAGUGGUGCGCAACAAGCCUUUGUUCUUCGCCGAGCGUCUCCACAAGUCCAUGAAGGGCUUGGGCACCAACGACCGGCAGCUCAUCCGCAUUAUGGUGACCCGCUGCGAGAUUGACCUCGGAGACAUCUCGGACAUGUUCCAGAGCAAGUACGGGGAGUCUCUCGCCAGCUGGAUAGAGGGCGAUUGCUCCGGACACUACAAAAAAUGUUUGCUCGGACUUUUGGGUCUGUACUAAUGCCAAGUAUCUAAUUAUAAUGUCUAUGGUCGGUGUCCCCAUUGAUUCAAGCACAUAACUUAUAUGUUAAGUUUUUUAUAUUUGCUCGAAUGUCUAUGUAUCUUUACAAAAAUAUGGUACGGAUAAUCUGAAUGGUUGAAGUUCUGAAACUUCUUUAUUAUACAAAUGUAGUAAAUAAGACUCCUUUUUUAAAGAAUCUCUGCCGUUAUCUGAAAAUUUCAAAUUAAAGUCCGCACAUGUUCUCGUAUUUGCAAAUAUUUGAUUUUCCUCACUUGAAUAGUUUAUUGUUAAGCUUAUUCCAUCAAUAGUAAUCAAAAAAUAUUUUUUCUGUAAUGGUUGUUAUAAAAAUAAAUAAACUACAUAUAAUAUUUAAUCAUUGACUCAUUAAGAGUCUAAAAUCUGACGAUAUCACGGAUAAUGCCAAAAUAUGUUUCAUUUUUCAAUAAGUAUAAGAUAUUGCUUAGUUUUGCAUUUUAAUCUUAAUAGUUUUCAUCCACGAUUUUCUGAAUCAUAAAAUAUAAACCUGUCCUUAAGCAGUUUAAGCAUGAUUAAUAAAUAAGUUAAAAAAUAUUUAAGACUAUUUUACAAUAAUUUUAAUUUGCUUUUAUAAUGUGCCUUAAAAAGUGAAAAGUGCCUAUUAAGUUAAUUUUAUCAAUUUCUCAAACACAUAUAUUUUUUUUCUUGCAAUUUUUGAGCUGUUAUAAUUAAGAAGGAUCACUAUGUGUUAAGUCAAUUAAAAUAUAAUUUGUACAACUAAAGAUAUUCUCUAAAUGAACCUCAAAUAGUUAUAUUUACACAAUAUUUUGUCUUUACUAAGGUAUACGGCAAACGUAAAAUUUAUCACAAUUGAGAUGCUGUGUUGAAAUACCUGUAUUAGUUUUGAGUGCUCAAUACAUAAUUUUCAAUACUCUUCUUUGAAAAAGACAAUGACUCCAAUAUAAGUACCUACUUUAAAUAUUCCAAAAAAAAAACUUGAAUAUGCAUUUACAAUGCAAUUUACUCUGAACUAAAUAGAAGCACAAUCUUAUUUUUUCUUAAUAAGCUCUUAAAGGUAUUUUUUUAUCCUUUUGUGCAUAAAUGAAUUAAUUUUCAAGAAUAAGGUCACACUUGACACUUUCUAAACGAGAAUCUCUAUCAAUCAGUCUUGCGUACUGGACCGCCACUUCUAUAAGUCGCAUCGGCAAUUUUCGACGGCGCAGAAUAGCGCAAUCAACCGAAUGAAAACUCAAUAAAAUAACGACCUUAUUACAAUUACAUUACACUUAAAAUCGAAAACAAAAUGUCUAUUGCUAUCUCGCUCAUAAUAGCGGACAGUUUAGUCUGCGGGUUCAAAUGAAAUGAGCGCUCUGAUAAGCUUAAAGCGUACAAAAAUGUAACUUCUGCUCAGGUAUAUAGUCAAUACUGUACGCUACUAUUAGUAUCAUUUUCUUGACCACACCCAUAUAUCAUUGAUUUCACUCGUUUUUUACCUAAUUGCUAUUCUUAUGAAUAAAAAAUAUAUAAGUACGGGAUAAUGUUGUAGUGUUAUGCAACCAAGUCGAUCUCUUGUUGCGUUUAUUUUCAUUUCCAAGAUAUCAUUUAAUAUACCUCAUAUAAGUAUAUUUGUUAUUGUAAAAUCCGUUGUGGAAAAGAGAUUUAAUUUAUUUUGUUUCAGUAUUUGAUAUUGAUUAUGAUCUGUUUUAAUAUAUUAAAUUGUAAAUUUAAAAAUUCUGAAAAUGUGCCUAAAAGUUCUUAUUUCAAGUACAACAUAGUUGUAAUGCUUGUAACCAAGAAUGUUAACUGAUGCUGUUAAAUAAAGAUAUUUUUAUACA